AUGGCCACCGUAGGAACCCUCACCGUCUCCCCGGUCCCAACUUCGCCGGCGCUUCUUCCGUUCUCAAAACGGCAGACCGCCAAUGGCGGGAAACCUCUUAUCAAGAGCGAAAGUGCAGUCUCAGUCCCUGAAAAAGUCAUUUUUGACCCGAAGAAGCACCUUGCCUAUUCUCCACCUUCUAAGUUGCACACCAUGGAAGAGCUUGGAUAUCCUGAAAGCCGUGGCGUAUCCCCCAUUGGUGUCUCGGAGCCAUUUCCAUUGUUCACUCCCGAAGCCAUUCAACAGAUGAGAGCUGAGGUGUUCAAGAACGAAGUGUGGGACAAGUACCAAUUCUCCAGUAACCUCGCCCAAUGCCAACUAAGGGGCUUCGCAGCAGAGUGCGCACCGUUUAUUUACGACGUUUGGAAAAGCCCCGAGACGCUUUCAAUUAUCUCCAAGAUUGCAGGUGUGGACCUCGUCCCAGCAAUUGACCUUGAGAUCGGUCACAUCAAUAUCUCAGUGCAAAGUGAAGAGGAGAAGAAUAAAGAACUCGCAGCCGUGGAAGAAAAGAAAGCGACUGACGUCGACUGGAAAGAUGACGACCCAAUUGUAGACUGGCAUACAGACAGCUACCCCUUUGUCUGUGUGACUAUGCUUUCUGAUUGCAGUACCAUGGUUGGCGGAGAAACUGCGCUCAGGAAAGCAAAUGGCGAAGUGGUCAAGGUCAGAGGACCACAGAUGGGGUCGGCCGUUAUCCUCCAAGGCCGGUACAUCGAGCAUCAGGCGCUCCGUGCUCUGGGAACGACCGAGCGCAUCAGCAUGGUUACCUCCUUCAGGCCCCGCUCCUCAGCUGUCAAGGAUGACACGGUCCUAACAACCGUGCGUCCAAUCUCAGACCUGGGAGAACUCUACCACCAGUUUGCCGAGUACCGAUUUGAUAUCCUUCAGGACCGGUUCCGAGACGCGAAUCGGCUCAUACGUGACCAGAAGCGCGCAAAACGCCAGUUCGAUACACGGGGAAUCAAACGCUUCAUCCGCGAACAGAUUCAAUUCUUGGAGCAUAUGGACAAAGAGAUGGUGGACGACGACAAGGUCACGAAAGGCGUAGUCGACGACAGCCACCUGAUCUCAGAGGACCUGAAGGAAAAGCAAAACAGAAAGCGGGAGGUCGAAGAAGCUCUGUAA